AACCCACACCCUUGAUGCAGGCAGGCGUGCACACACCGGCAGAUUGACUCAGCUUCCGCAUCGCUCUCCCUUCUCUCCAUCUCUGCUGCCUCUAUCCCUCCACUGGUGGAUUUCUAGCCCACUUCUGACAAACACCGCCAAUAUGUCUGACAAGCCUGAUAUGACGGAGAUUGCCCGUUUCGACAAGGCAAAGCUGAAGAAGACAGAAACACAAGAGAAAAACCCUCUGCCCACCAAAGAAACCAUCGAGCAAGAGAGGAAAGGCGAUGCCACACCUUGACUUCGAGCACAUGAAGAAAAGAUGCUGAGAUGCCACAGCAAAAAGCACUUUUUUUUUAUCAUCACAGUAUUUCAAUCUCUUGCUUUGUCUUCAGAAAAGGUUGCUUUUGAGCAUCUCGGGGUGCCGUAAAGUGUUUAAGGCAUCCCCUCAUUGGGGGUUCUGUGGUUAUUAGCUUGGGUGCCUGUCUUGCACUGUUAGCCUAUUGCUAACAUGUCUCCAAUAUUGCCAAACUGGGGAGUGGUGUAGUAAUGUAGCACAGAGAGAGAGGCAGGCAUCCAUGCUAGUGGGAGGGAGAGAGAGGGGGGGGGGGAUGUCUAAAGAUGGGAGCAAUCGGAGUCGAAUCAUGUGGGAUGUUUUCUUAUUCAACUUUUUACUUUUAUUUAUGAAAUAAAUAUGAAGACGUGAAACCA